AUGGCCCCCCAACUUCAUCAGAGACCUCCUUUCCGCGCGGAGCACUUGGGCUCGCUGCUGCGUCCCCAGCAGCUUCUGGACACCAAGACCGCUCAGGAGAAGGGCGAAGUUUCCGAUGCUAAGCUCCGCGAGGUCGAGGCUCAGGAGAUCAAGAACAUUGUCAGCGUCCAGAAGGAGCUCGGCUAUCCUGCCGCGUCCGAUGGCGAGUACUGCCGUCACAUGUUCUGGGGUACCUUCUUCCCCGGCUUGGAUGGCUUUGAGGAGGUCACCGAAUUCGACCAGGACAUCUUCCGCCCCUAUGCACCCGAUAUUGCUGCUUUCCUCGAGGCUGGUCACAAGCCCGGUGAGACUGUUCUUUGCACUGGCAAGAUUAAGCACGUUGGUAGCACCUAUGUCGACCAAUUCAAGUACCUCGCCAGCCUGGUGCCCGCUGAGGAGGUCAAGAACUUGAAGAUCACUCUUGCCGCACCCAACUGGUACCACCUGCGUUACCGUGAGGGCAAGGCCUACCCCAAGAAUGUGUACAGUUCUGAUGAGGAGUACUUCGGCGACAUCGCCAAGGCCUACCAGGCCGAGCUGAAGAUCCUGUACGAUGCUGGAUGCCGCAACGUGCAGUACGACGACCCCAACCUGGCCUACUUCUGUUCCGAGAAGUUCCUCGACGGAUUCAAGGAGGACCCCGCCAACGUGUACACCGCAGAUGUCAUGUUCGAGAAGUACAUCAAGCUGUACAACGACUGCUUCAUCGGCCUUCCCGAGGACAUGCACAUUGGAGAGCUGAACGUGCACACUUACUAUCUCGAGUACGACACCGAGCGUGCCGGUGGCUUCGAGCCCCUCAAGCACCUUCCCACUCACAAGAACGUUAUUUUGGGCGUGGUCACUUCUAAGUUCGCCACCAUGGAGGACAAGGAGGAGAUGAAGAAGCGUGUCAUCAAUGCCGCCAAGAUCAUUGCCGAGGGCAACAACAUCACCCUCGAGGCUGCGCUGAACCAGGUCGGUGUCAGCCCUCAGUGUGGAUUUGCUUCUCACCGUGAGGGUAACGCUAUUGAUUGGGACGGCAUGAUCAACAAGCUCAAGUUGGUUCGUGAGAUUGCCAACGACGUCUGGCCCGGUCAGCUUUAA